AUGAGCCGUCUCGGGACACCGAAGAGCGACUCAUGCUCAGCGCAGAGGUGUUUGCAGAGUGUAUCGUUAAAUUUGGAGCAGUCUACGGAGACUUGGUACGCGUCCUUCUCUAAACGGGGGUUUAAAGGCACCGUUUCAUUCAGUCCUAGACGUGAGGAUGAGGAUAUGGGCUUGCACCGAACCGUGAGACACGAAAGUAAAACGACCGGGCAAAUCGCGGACUCGGAGAUGAACUAUCCCGAGUCUUGGGUCCUCGCAAACGGGUUGAAGCGGAGCGCGCACUUUCCCCCGUCCUCACAAUCCUCAUCAUCUGUCGAGGUUGCAGAUUCCGGCUUUAGCUGGGGUAAAAGCCCUUUUACCAAGCGCAAAGUUAAAGGGAUUAUUUACCGACAAGGAAAUAUAGGGAAGGUGAUGAUGGGGAAACUAAGGAGCGUCGGCGGGAUGAGGGGCUGGAUUUUUGCCCUUGUGUUCCUUUGGAAUACCCACAUGUUGCGCGCUCAAGAUAUCGCCCCAUACUUUAAAACCGAGGUAGGGGGUGCACAGACACACCUGGAGGGCAACAGACUUGUGCUCACCUGUCUGGCAGAGGGAAGCUGGCCACUGGAGUUCAGAUGGAUCAGAAACAACACAGAUAUCACUAAAUACACACCUGAGUACAGGUACACAAUUGUGUCGUUAAACCGCGAGGAUGCGGGACUGUAUCAGUGCGCGGUAAGGAACAGGAUGGGGGCGCUGAUCCAGACGAGAGCUGAUGUUUGCGUGGCUUACAUGGAUAGUUUUGCUGAUCUGGAACAGAGGAAGACAGUUUCUCAAGGAAGGGCUGCUGUCCUCAACCCUCCCGCUGUGGCUAGUUACCCACGCCCUCAGGUCACAUGGUUCAGAGAUGGCUACAAGAUCAUCCCUAACCAUCGAGUAGCAAUAACGUUGGACAAUCAGCUCGUGGUGUUGGGUGCAACAGCUGCGGAUGCGGGCCGAUAUUACGUACAGGCUGUAAAUGAACGCAACGGAGAAAACAAAACCAGCCCUUCCAUUUACCUGAGUAUAGCAAUAAACAAGAGGAAUCGUGGUUCUCUUGACAUUAUUGCCCCUGCUGAAUUGGUUGCCCCGGUGAUAGUGAUUGCACCUAAGAACACAUCAGUGGUUGCCGGGGCGAGUGAGGCUACUCUCGAGUGCGUCGCUAAUGCGAGAUCUCUCGACAGGCUGCAGGUGUUCUGGAAGCGUAAUGGGGUGAGACUAACAACAGGAGUGGACUCAUUUGGUCGCAGACUGGCCAUCAGUAACCCCACCUCAGCAGACAUGGGUGUGUAUGUGUGUGAGGCGGCACUCAGGAACAGCAGCCAGAAGAGUACAGAGGCCAAAGCAUAUCUCACCGUCCUCGAGUCCCCAUACUUUACGUCAAAGCCAAAGAGGACAGUUAUAACCGAAGUUGAGAAAAUCGUGGAACUUCAGUGUCAAGCCAAAGGGGUUCCCACACCAAAGCUGAAGUGGUGUAAGGAUGCCGUCCCCCUCUCCACACUGAAUAACCCACGAUAUAAGCUUACCUCCUCAAUGGUUCUGCAAAUACGGAGAAUUCAGCCGGACGAUGCCGGAAUAUUCCAGUGCUUUGCUGAAAACACGGCAGGAGAAAUCCAGGCAUAUACCAACUUGGUUGUCACAAGUGUAUCGCCAUCUUUCACCACUCCCCCUUCUGACAUCACGGUGACUGACGGAACAUCCGCUAUCUUCAGCUGUGAAACAUCUGGUGCCCCCAAACCUGCAAUUGUUUGGUGGAAAGAUUAUCAGGUGUUAGCGAGCGGAUCGGUUCAGAUGCCUCGCUUCACUCUGCUGGAAUCCGGAGGCUUACAGAUUCUGCCCAUAAUGCCAAUCGAUGCAGGGAACUACACAUGUUCGGCUUCUAACUCUGAAGGACUGGUCAAUGCCACUGCAGCCCUGACAGUCUUAAGUCGAACCUUCAUUUCAACACCCCCUGAAGACCAGCGUGUCAUCAAGGGCACGACUGCUGUGUUGAACUGUGCUGCAACUCACGACCCCAGAGUCACUGUCAGUUAUUCAUGGAAGAGAGGAACCCGGCCACUGAGCUUGUCGAUUGGUGGGCGAGUGUUGAUGAAGGAUGGUUCGCUCCACAUCAGCCAGACAUGGUCUGGAGACAUUGGAGACUACACCUGUAGGGUCAUUUCACCAGCUGGAAAUGACUCGAAAACCGCCCGACUAGAAGUCAUAGAGCUUCCUCACUCCCCGCGUAACUUGCAAGUGGCUCUGAAUAAGACAGACAGCAGGACGGUUCUUCUGUCCUGGGUUCGACCAUUUGAUGGGAACAGCCCUCUUCUGCAAUACAUUAUUGAGCUCUCUGAGAACAAUUCUCCAUGGAAGGUGUACAUGGCUGAUGUAAGUCCUGCACUAACUAGUUUGUUAGUCAGUGGUUUGACACCAGCAAGGACAUACCAGUUCAGAGUGUGUGCUCUCAAUCAGGUGGGACGUGGACAGUACAGUGCAGAGACGAACAGACUGAUGCUGCGAGAGGAACCACCCAGUGCGCCUCCAAAAAACAUUGUGGCUAGUGGCCGAACCAACCAGAGCAUUAUGGUCCAAUGGCAGCCACCCCCAGAACCUCAGCUCAAUGGAGUACUCAGGGGCUAUGUGCUCAGGUAUAGAUUGGCUGGUCUUCCUGGUGAGUUUCAGCUGAAGAACAUCACCAGUGCAGAGAUUAAUUACUGUCUGAUUGGAGAGCUCAUCAUCUGGACGCAGUAUGAGAUCCAAGUGGCUGCCUACACUGGAGCGGGCUUGGGGGUGUACAGCCAGUCUGUCUCUGAGUACACACUGCAAGGGGUCCCUACAGCGCCCCCUCAAGACGUGGAUGCUGUUUCGCUUAAUUCCACCACCAUCAAAUUCACCUGGACGCCUCCACCCCAACAGUUUAUCAACGGCAUCAAUCAGGGAUACAAGCUGCUGGUGUGGCCCGAACACUGUCCGGAAUCCAUUACCAUGGUAACCAUUGCCCCCGAGUUUCAUGGGUCACGUCACUAUGGCUACAUUAGCAAUUUAAAAAAGUUCAUGUGGUAUGAGACAGCGGUGUUGUGUUUCACCACGCCUGGUGACGGACCAGCUAGCACACCACAGCUCAUCCAGACGCAUGCUGACAAACCGGGCCCGGUGUCUCAACUGAGCUUCACUGAGAUCCUGGACACAUCUCUGAGGGUCAGCUGGCAAGAACCAGAAGACAAGAAUGGCAUUAUCACAGGUUACACUUUGUGGUGGGAGGAGGCCAGGCGGAACGAAAGCCGUGUAUCGCAAACCCUCUCCAACUCCACAUUGGCUCAUAAAGUGACUGGUCUUACUUCACUCACCACAUACACACUACAAGUAGCGGCCGUAACACAGGCCGGCACUGGUGUCCCCACCUCAUCGACAAUCUCAACAGGACUGCCACCAGAGCUUCCUGGUGCGCCCUCCAAUCUGGUUAUCUCCAACAUUAGUCCACGAUCCGCCACCAUAUGGUUCCGCCCCGGCAGUGAUGGAAAGACAGCCAUCUCCAAAUGGAUCGUGGAAGGACAGGUGAGGAAUGUGGGUGAUGAAGAGGAAUGGAAGGUGCUGUAUGAGAAAGACAGUCCACCCGCCUCCGACACUCUGGAGAUUCCCAACCUCAUCCCUUUUACCCAAUACAGAUUCAGGAUGAAGCAGGUGAACAUUGUGGGGUCAAGUCCCUUCAGUCAACCUUCUCGAGUGAUGCAGACCCUUCAGGCUAGUCCAGAUGUGGCCCCGACAGACCUCACUGUGUUCUCUGCCACUGAAACCAGCCUGAGGAUUCGCUGGGAGCCGCUUCCAGAGGCAGCUUACAAUGGAAAUCCUGAAAGUGUGGGUUACCAGGUUCGUGCACAGAGAGCUGACGGGCUUGGACAGACCCUGAUGGAGACGGUUUCUGAGCUGCUGUCUCGGGAGGUGACAAUGGAGGGCCUGGAGGAGUGGACGGAGUAUGAGCUGAGCGUUCAGGCAUUUAACGCUAUUGGGUCUGGGCCCUGGAGCAGUCCAGUCCUGGGCAAAACUAAAGAGUCAGUUCCCUCUGGUGCCCCAGAGAAUGUGAGUGCUGAAGCAAUGAGCUCCACAAGUAUACUCGUCACCUGGGGGUCAGUCUCUGAGCAACAGAAGAAUGGACACAUCCUUGGAUACAAGGUAUUGCACCGAGAGAACAAUUCUGAGCAGGCUCCCCAGGUCCAGCUGGUGAACGGGAACCAGACCCACUCUCUUCUUUUGCGGAACCUUAGCAAGUUCACCCUGCAUGAGGUCCAGGUGCUUGCUUUUACAUGUGUCGGAGACGGACCACCCAGCCUUCCCCCCACAAUCGAGAGAACCAAGGAUGACAUUCCUGGUCCACCUGUCAGGUUGGUGUUUCCAGAAGUGCGUUUGACGUCUGUGCGGGUUGUCUGGCAACCUCCCUCUGAGCCAAAUGGUAUUAUUAUGGGAUAUCAGAUUUCUUACCGUCUGGAUAUCAAUGACCCCAACAAGUUCACGACAGUGGAGGUGGGGUCCAACACACGACAGUUCACAGUGACAGGACUGAUCCCAGAAUCGGCAUACGUGUUCCAAAUCACAGCCCGCACACAAAAGGGCUGGGGACCAGCAGAGGAGGCCAUCGUCAUAACAACAGAAAAGAGAGCCCGUCCACAGCCACCUCGUAGACUGAACGUGCCUCAGAAAGGGGUGGAAUCCCGUAAGCUUCGACUUCUGUGGACAGUGGGGGGAGAUGACUCUUCCCCUGUGCGCUACUUCACCCUGCAGACAUUAGAGCUACCUGAUGGAGAGUGGAAGACCCACACAUCCUCCAUCGGUCAUAACAACACCUCCUGGGAUGUGGAUAGGCUGAAGCCAUACACCUCUUACAAAUUUAGAAUGAUGGCCACAAAUGAUGUGGGAGACAGCACCUUCAGCAGGGAAACUGAGCCAGUUACCACCCUGCAGGAUGCACCAGAUGAACCCCCUAUCAUUUUGAAUGUCAAACCUUCAACCACAACAUCUGUGAUUGUCCAGUGGCAGCCUCCCCAGGAGGGGACUGUCAAUGGGAUUCUUGUGGGAUACCGUGUGUAUUAUCGUGAGAUUUCACGUGAGAACACCCCAGCUGAACCAAAGAUGACAACCAACCAAUCAACAAUGAGUCCUGAGUUUAGAGCUAAGGGCACUUUUAAAACAGUGAGCAGCCCUUCAUUAACAGAAUUUGAAUUAACGCAGCUCAGCAAGUACAGACGUUACGAGAUUGCCAUGACAGCAUUUAAUGUUGUUGGAGAGAGCCCUUUGAGUAAACCAGUGGAGGUGUUUGUGGGAGAAGCAGCUCCCUCGGUGGCUCCUCAGAACAUACAGGUGAAAUCUGUGUCUGCUACCCAACUGGACAUCGAAUGGCAGCCUCCCCCGGUAGAGACACAGAACGGGAAUAUUCAGGGAUACAAGAUCCAUUAUUGGGAAAAGGACAAACAGAAUGAGACCGAGAUGGAACUGGUUUUGUUUGCUCCAGAAACAUCUGUACACCUGAAGAACCUGACAUCUUACACAACUUACCACGUGCAACUGUCUGCAUUUAACACAGCGGGGGAUGGGCCGCUCAGUGCAGCCCGGAAAGGACGCACCCUGCAGGCUGCUCCUGGAGCACCCAGUCAUGUGGUAUUUUCAGAGGUAACAGGUACCUCACUGAAUGUGUCAUGGGGAGUUCCUCUGCAGCCUAACGGAGUGGUGGAGGGCUACCGAGUGGUCUAUGAGCCCACCGCACCAGUUCAUGGUGUCAGUAAAACCGUAACAGUGGAUAUCAAAGGGAACUGGCAGCGCUGGCUGAAGGUUCGAGACCUGAUGAGGGGCGUAGUCUACCGAUUCAAAGUUCAGGCCAGAACCAUCGGUUACGGACCCGAACUGGAAGCAAAUAUCACCGCAGGACCAGUGGAGGGCUCGCCUGGUUCGCCCUUGCAGACGUCAAUCACAAAGUCAGCAUCAGCUUUGACACUUCAUUGGACAGAGGGUGCUGAAGGGGCGGGGCCUGUCACAGGAUAUGUCAUUGAAUCUCGUCCAUCAGAUGAAGGUUUAUGGGACACAUUUGUCAAGCAUCUCCCACCUGGAAGCUUCUCGUACACCAUUAGUCUGGACCGCCUACGCUCAGGUGUGGCCUAUGAAUUCCGUGUCAUCGCCGUCAAUAGCUUCGGCUAUGGGAAUCCCAGCCCACCUUCUACUGCCAUGUCUGCUCUGUCUGAAACGCCCUUCUAUGAUGAGUGGUGGUUCCUGAUCGUCAUGGCGCUGAUCAGCCUCAUUCUCAUUCUGAUGGUUGUGUUUGGUCUGCUAUUGCUCGGACAGAACAAGAAGUACAGGAGCUGUGGCACAGGAAAGCAUAUCUCUACUGUGGAAGAGGCUGUAACCCUUGACAACGGCGGCUUCACGGCACUAGAGCUGAACAGCAGACAUCUGAAUGUGAAAAGCUCUUUCCUCAAGAAGAAUGGAACAAGAUCUCCGCCACGGCCCAGUCCAGGUGGGCUCCACUACUCUGAUGAAGACAUCUGCAACAACUACAAUGGGGCUGUUUUAACAGAGAGCACCACCCUCACAGAGAAACCCACAGAGCUCUCUGAGUCCGAGGCAAGCGAAAGUGAUUACGAGGACGAGCAGCCCAAGCACUCGUUUGUCAAUCACUACAUGAGCGACCCCACCUAUUACAACUCAUGGAAGCGACAACCCAAAGGUGUGAAGCCUGGCGUAGGCUUCGAGGAAUGUGCCAUGACAGAUGCCGAGGGGGGUUAUUAUCAGACUGUUGUGACCCAGCACAGCGUAGGGGGCGUCUAUACCCCAACAGGGCAACCCGCAUCAGGAACACGCACUCCAGUGACUGGCUUCUCUUCAUUUGUCUAAUGAGCCAACCAGAUCAAAAUGAUGGGAAGCUAACAAACAGGAAGUGGAAACGGGACAAAUCGAACUUGGAUGUUGCGAUUGUUUUCAACGGCGAAGAAUGUUUUCCCAGAGACUUAUAAUGCUCAGUUCCCCUAAAAUGUGUAUUUAAGACCUCUCUUCAAAGAAGGGAGGGAAUUAAAGUAUCUUAUUUUUAAUGUGUUAAUCAUUUUUGGGCAGAUUUUCGAAGAUUAACCACAACCCCUAAGGAGCAGAGACUUUGCACUGUGAGACUGUUUAGCAAGAGGCGGUAUUAAUUUUAAAGACUCAAAGACCUACAAAGGAGGAUAAAGGAAAUUCCUUUGUUAUGAGUCCCCGUUCCAUAGCAACUCUCUGGGAUUAGUCGUAAUGUGUGGGCAAACAAACGCUUGAGUGAUUCAGUGAAUCACUUCCUCAGAAAACUCUAAUUGAAGUUGAAACAUCACCGUAUAUCUGACUUGUACAGUGUGUGGUAGACUGGAACAACAACGUGUUUUGUGUGUGUUUGUUCGUGUCGGGGGUGGGUGGCUUUGUUUUGGACAACAAGAAGCACUGAAAAUACUUCAUUUGCACACAUAUUGCUCUCUGAAACCAAAAGAGAGAUGUUGUAAUCGAAAAGUAAAGGAAAUGUGUGCUCGCAACAGAGUGAUUUCUUAGGUUAGCAAUACUGUAUGAUAAAUAUUCUGUAUGUGUGUAUAUUUUUAGGAUCAAUUUUGUACAAACAACGUUUUUACUGUAGAGUACAUUUGUGCCAAGUCGAAGUAGUUCCCUAGUGAUGUUCAUUUCAGCAAGUCACAAUCCACACUGUUUGUUUGACUGGCUUGCAGUGUAUGUACAAUUCAGUCACCCAGAGAACUAAAAAGAAAUGUUAGACAGUCCUAAUCCAAAUAGACACAGAUUUUUCAUCU